GGGGUUCAGGGGUUGGACUUUCAGCGAUGACCCCUUCGAAUUUGCAGCAGGGUACAAAAAAAUAUAAAGCAAACAUCGAGAAAAUGUAUGUACAUAUAUGCACGGGUUGUGUGCAUAAAGUACAGGGCCGUAUUUAUCCGGUGGAUCGGGACUGUGAACAGGUGUAAACGACCCGUCACUCGGCGGGACACUACAAAGAGAUUCACCGCGAAGAAACUCGUCAAACCACGCUUGUUUCUCCGACACCAUGUAUAGGCGCAAUAUCACAAUGUUUUCAAUUAGAAAAUUUAAAGACUAAUAAAAAAAGAGAGAUUUUUUUGUGUUCCGGAGUCGUCAAAAUGUCCAGUGUUACGGAGCUUCAGCGACAGCUCAUUUUAGCCCUGGUUCACUCGGGGCUUGAUAAAACGGACCUGAUACGCGAGGUCGCGAUGGCCUACCCCGCCACCACCACGGACCGCAACGGUGAAUCGCGUCAAAACCACGGCACCGGUGUCGGCGAGAACGCGGUGAGCGCUCACGCCUCACCCGUGAUUCGGAACGCCGCGGCGGUCGUGGACGUACGGGAGCGGGACGGGGACGGGGAAGUCGACGGGGAGAGACGGGCAGGCAGCGGGGAUGAAAUGAGCGACGACGAGGAGCAUCGGCAAGAAGAGAACGGAGGCCUGAUGAGCGGUGAUGACUAUGAAGGGAGUGAGCACACUUACGACCAGUCCGUGGACCCCUCAAGACCCAUGUCACUCAAGGAAGAAUUACUAAGAACCGACUCAUGGCAGGUGGCCAAGAUGAUCAAGAACUACAUGCAGCAGCACAACAUCCCCCAGCGUGAGGUGGUGGACGCGACGGGACUGAACCAGAGCCACCUGUCCCAGCAUCUCAACAAAGGCACGCCCAUGAAGGGGAUCAAGAGAGCUAUGCUGUACGGCUGGUAUGAGAAGAAACAACAAGAGAUCAUGCAACAAUUCACAAACCCAGAGAAAUCCAUCUUGGCAGAUGAUCGAGGCGAUACGAGGAACAAGAAGAUGCGAAGGAAUCGGUUCAAGUGGGGGCCGGCAUCGCAGCGGAUACUGUACGAUGCCUACCAGCAGAACCGUAACCCUAGCAAGGAAGACAGGGAGAAUCUGGUCGUUCAGUGCAAUGCAGCGGAGUGUAUGCAAAGAGGCGUCUCACCCUCCCAGGUCAGUGGGCUGGGAACAAACUUGGUAACAGAAGUCAGGGUUUACAACUGGUUUGCCAACCGGCGGAAAGAGGAGGCAUUCAAGAACAAACUAGCACUGGAUGCACAGGGAAUCCAAUACACAAUACCAGGUACCAUGGAUGACGGUAGCAGUCCCGACAUCGUCAUGGCAAACACAAGCGCAGGGUCCGGCACGCCCUCGGUCAUCCAGCACAACGGCCAGCCGGGGAUCAUGGGAGGCUGCCCAAUCACGUCCAUGACGGCGCUGGAAUCCACCCAAUUACAGCACGCCAUUUACAGCAUGGCACAGCAGCAGGGUGGGAUGAAAACGAGCCCUGCGACCCAUCCCUCGCACAUGGUAACCAUGCCGACGUCCACCAAACUGCCUCCAGUCAGCUCGUUGUCAGCGGUGACCAAUUACAACCAGGCAGCGUCGCGGCUGAGCCUACAGGGCAUGGUGUGCACAAUGCAGCAGGGUCACUCACAGCAGCAACAGCAGCAACAGCAGCAACAGCAGUCGCAGCAAGUGCACUCGCACAGCAGGCAACCAUCACAGAUGGUGCAGAUGCUGCAAGGAACACAGGGACAAAACACUGCUGCCGUGAUACAAUCCCACAGUCCGGCGGUCAGCGUCCAUCGCCUGACCACCCUCAACUCCACCACCCAGCCUGACCACCACCCACCCCACUACACGGUGGCCUCGCGGCAGGUUGCGCAGCAACGAAGAUCUCAACAGCAGCAGCAACAACAACAACAACAGCAACAGCAACAGGGGCAAACACAACAGCAGCAGCAACACCAGCAGCAACAUCAGCAGCAGCAGCAGCAACAGAUGGCACAGAUACAGCAGAAUCUGCAGAGUCUGAUCGAGCCAAGCUUCCUGCAACAGCUCAGCCAAGUAAUGAACCAACCCAAGGAGAUUCAAUUAAACUUGCCAGGGCAACAUCAUCAACACCAAUCGCCCCACAUCCAUCAGGAAGUCACCAUCCCGGUCAACGUAUCGGGCGGCGUCACCAUGACGACGCUGGCCACGCUCAGCCCAAUCAAGAUCUCGGACAUGGCCGAGCUUCCCAUGAGCAUCCAAACCAAGCAGAGGGAAGGCAACAUCACGAUCGUGUCGGCACCAGCUGGCACCACGCCGGACGAGAUGGAGGAUUCUAAGGCGGGCGUGAUACUGCAGAGGGCCGUUAGCGGAAGGUACGUCCGUCUCUGACGCUCAUUACAUCUGACAAAUCACCAAUAUUCUCCCUCUGGAAUCAUACCUGCAUAACAUCUCAAGCUAUUACAUCAGGGGAUCUUACACUCUCUGUGUUGUCCGAACUUAUGUUUUUAAUAUCUAAAAAUAUAUGGUGUAUACAACUCUGAUACAUAUGUGGCAUUCCCCCAUCAUUCCACUGGAUCUAUAUCGACCAAUAUUGAUGCACUAUUACAGUAGGGAAUGUUACACCCUCUGUGCUGUUGAAUAAUGAUGAAUUCACAAACAAAAUCAUCCCCUCUGAAUAUGUACCAGCCAAAAUCAAUGCGCUUUUACAUCAAGGGAUGUUAUACCCUCUGUUUUAUCUCGCUCAUGAUUUAUACUGGUCAGCCAAGUAUGAUCCGCUGUUACAGCAAGGGAGGUUACCCCCUUUGUGCUAUCCACAAUAUGUUUUUAAUAUUUAAAAAUAGUGUGGUGUGGAUUUCAAGCGAUUGUGUUUUUUUUCCCACAAAUGUCGAAAUGAAAGAGCUUAGCAAGGCCAAUUUUCUUAAAAUUGGUUGAUAACUGCCACAAAGUAGUAGGAGUUUUGUGAUUUUCGACUUCCUUGCAGUUGGCUUUAGUUUUUAGUGUGAACAAAGUUGUCAAACAAAAUAGAAAUAUUUCUGGUUACGAUAUAUUUUCAUUAUAAUAUGUCUGCGCUGGGUUUUAAAAUGUUCAAUCUCUUGAAUCCAAUUUCUACUUUUAAUUCCCAAAUUUCCGAAUUCCUUUUUAAACUUUUAAAUUUGGUAAUCAGGACGACAUAUUUCUUGAGAUUUUGUACAAACCGUCAGCAUUAUUUGAGCAAUGAUAUUGUGAUAAACCGUCCUGAGAUGACAAGAUAUUUUUGACAUGAAAACUACGAAAUUUUUACUGAUAUGGAUUGGAAUUCUCAAAAGACCCUAUAUAGCAUCAACAGUUUGACUUACAAUUAUUUUUUGGCUAGUUUAGAUGAAAUAAAAGGUAAUGUUUUAUGGUGCUAGCGUAAUUUCAAAUGUUUGAAAAACGGUUUUCUUUUAUUGCUACUGAGGUGUACAUAUUCUAGCUGUAAAUAGUUAUACAGUGCAUGAGAAGAUAAACUACAAAGGUUUUAUUGAACUGACUGUGACCUCUUUUGGCUUGUAAAUUACUGCAUACUGUAAAGAUACAUUUCACAAAACGAUAUUUGACUAAACAGUUUGGUUGUUGUUUUCCAUUCCCCC